UAAUUUAUCUAAUCUUCUUCAGUUUCCCACUUGGCUUCUCCUCGUUUCCCAUCUCUAUUUAUAUUAUUCCCCCUUUAAUUUCUUCACCUCCUCAAACCUCCAUCCCUUUCUUCCAUGGCUUCCAAAGAAUUCGACCUCUCUUCUUCUCCCUUCUCCGAAAGAUGGUGGUCCAAAAACUCGGUGGCGAUCGUCACCGGAGCCAAUAAGGGCAUCGGAUUUGCCCUAGUUAGAAAAUUAGCGCAAUCGGAUCUCACUGUGAUAUUGACGGCGAGAGAUGAAGGAAGAGGACUGAAGGCUGUUGAAACGCUACGAAAUGAAGGACUCCAUGUUCUCUUCCGCCGUCUCGAUGUUUCCGAUCCCGUUUCCAUUAACGCCUUCGCCGCCUGGUUCGCUUCCAAUUUUCAAGCCCUCGACAUUCUUGUUAACAAUGCAGCGGUGUCGUUCAAUGACAUACACGAAAACUCAGUAGAAAAUGCAGAAACAGUAAUGAAAACAAACUUUUACGGUGCGAAAUUAUUGACCGAAGCUCUAUUGCCUUACUUUCGCUCUUCUGCUUCCAAAAGUCGGAUUCUAAAUAUCACCUCAAGGCUGGGAACUGUAGAUAAAGUAAGGAACAUGAAAGUGAAAGAGAUUCUGGAGAGUGAAGAUGUGGGGGAAGAGGACAUCGAGGGUGUAGUGAAUGCAUUUCUAAAGGACGUGAAGAGAGGGACGUGGAAGAAGGCAGGCUGGCCGACACUGUGGACGGAUUAUGCUGUGUCAAAACUAGCGCUGAACACUUAUACGAGAGUUUUGGCAAAGCGAUACGGUGAGUAUGGGAGUGUGAGUGUGAAUAGCUUUUGUCCUGGCUUCACACAAACGUCAAUGACACGUGGGAAAGGAACACACACCGCCGAUGCCGCCGCACUCGUCGGAGCUAGACUCGCCUUGUUGCCGCCUCAUCGUUUACCAACUGGCCAAUUCUUCUUCUGGGGGCCUAAUUAUGAUAUACCUAGAAACUCCAAAUUAUAGCUAAACAACCUCUCCAUGCACUCCCAACUCUUUUUCUAUCCUCUUCUAUUUAGCUUAAAUGCUAAAACAUAUCCUUCAACUUUGUAUUUUCUUUCCAAAGUUGCAAUUUAAUUACUCUUCGAUUUUCAUAAACAUUAAACAUUAAACAUUACACUUU